AUGACUUCCGGUCUCUCCGUGUUUUCUCUCUCUCUGUCCGUGUCAGAUUCUCCCCGCCACUUCCGGUGCAAAGUGUUCCCCACAGGAAGGUUCCGCCAGCUUUUUACUCCCAGGCGUUGCGACCAGUACUUGCCCGUUUUAUGCUGCCAGGAGCGGCUCGGUAGGAAGUCCGGAUGGAACUGUGAUAAGAGAAUGUUCCGCAAGGGGAAAAAGAGACACAGUAGUAGUAGCUCCCAGAGCAGUGAGAUCAGCACCAAGAGUAAGUCGGUAGAUUCCAGCCUUGGAGGACUCUCCAGAUCCAGCACCGUGGCUAGCCUUGAUACUGACUCUACGAAAAGCUUUGGACAAGCCUCAAGUAAUUCAGAGCCCUGUGCUGAGUUCAAGGUGAAAUAUGUGGGAUCCAUUGAAAGAGUAAAGCCUGAGGAUAGCAAGACGUUGCAGGGAUCUCUGGAUCUGAUAAAUUAUAUCGAUGUUGCCCAGCAAGAUGGAAAACUUCCUUUUGUGCCUUCGGAUGAAGAUUUCAACAUGGUGGUUUCAAAAUACGGCAUCAAAGUCACAACCUUGGAUCAGUAUGAUGUGUUGCAUCGGCACCCGCUCUAUCUCAUUGUCUCCAUGGUGUGCUAUGAUGAUGGACUGGUGGCUGGCAAGAGUUUGCUAGCUCUGAAGACCAAAGUUGCCAGUGAGGACCAGUGUAGCCUGUGGGUUUAUCAGUGUGCCAAUCUGGAACAUGCCCAGUCCAUCUGUAAGGUCCUGUCCACAGCGUUUGACUCUGUCCUCACUGAGAAGACGCGAGUGCCUCCAGAAUGACUGCUGGGAUAGUGACAACCCUACCAGGAUCAUUCCAGAAUGUCCUAUGCAGAAGAAAGCCACAAGCCAGGAUUUGUGAGGACAUGUAUAUAUCACAGAGCUAUAUUUUUUAUAUUCACCUAUUGCUGCAGUUACUAAAGUCACUCACAGUCCUGUAAUGUCAUUGGCUUUUAAGUUCCAGACCAUGUCAGGUAUGAAACUUCCAUCCACUUAUUACACGGGUGGAGGUGCAGUGGUACAGUAUUUACCUGUGCAUGUAGGUACCCAUACAAGAGCGUACUCCAAGCCGGGGUAGAAACCCAUGUAACGCAGAUAGUAGCUAGAAUAUUGACUGUUCGGCAGUUAUGAAAUUACAACUCUCAGCAUCCUCUGACAGGCUCCAUCAAUCAGGGCAAGCUUAUUGUUGUAGGUUUCAUACAGCUGGAGAGCCACAGGUUGGUAGCCACUGAGUAAUGGGUAUGCUGCCCUGUGCUAUGGCUACAUUGUACAUCUACCUGGUAGUCACUAAUGAGACGAUAAAAAAACAAUGGCGGCUUGUCUCAUCGGUACAUUAAUAUUGCAAUGCUGCUACAGCGAUACCGCCCCCUGCCUAAAAGUUAUUGGUACAUAAUAUUUAAUGUUUCAAUCCAAUAUGUGUUGCUUUUUUGAGCAUUUUCUAACUGGUUUCUAUCAGAAACACUCAUAGCUCCUCAGAUAUUGAAUCCAAUUGUUUUCUGUGGUCAGUGAAAGGGGUUGUUCUCAGGAUAGGUCAUCAAUAUCAGAUCGACGGGGAUCCAACACCCGGCACUCCUACCGAUCAGCUGUAUGAGGAGACGGCAAGCGCAGUGUGCACGUGGC